UGAUGGAGGUUAGGUGUUUGAGCACUUUUGCUGAACUGUUUAGUGACCGAACACUGUUUCCACUAUAAAACAAUUAAGAUAUGCCGAAAAAAAGACCUCAAAAGAAGAAAAUCCAGGAAGAUGAGCCUCCUGAAAAUACAGCACGACCUGAGAAGAAACCACAGACCUUUGAUGAAUAUCACUGUUCAGGAAAUGUGCAGAUCGACUUCCCUGCUCUUUGCGCUCUUCUGAACGUGAAGGAGAUCCCAGCAGUUUGGACCAGACAUUCGACCUCCUCCACCAUAAGAGACAAGCAGUUAGAGAUAAAUUCUGCCCCUCGCGACUGGUCCAAGCCAUGCUUAGAGGCCGAGCUGGAGAAUGAAAACCCUCUCAGUACCAAAGAGGUCAAAGUUUCUGGAUGGAAGGUGGAUGAGCAAAUGUUUAAAGUGCUGCUUAAGGUGCUUCCCUCAAUCAGGCUGCUACAUGGACUCCACUUUUGGCAGGCAGGACUGAAGGAGGAAAUGCUAAUCUCUCUCAUGGAGGUGGUAUCUCUGAGCGCCAGCCUCAGGUCUCUUACACUUGAGGGCAAUGUGCUUCCCAAUCAGAGCUUCCACCUUCUUCUCCCUGAAGGCAGCGUCCUUACCCACUUGUCCCUGCGAAACAAUCGGAUUGGAGACGAAGGCGCUCGUCUGAUUGGUGCAGCUCUCUCAACCACCAGAUCUGCUAACAGUAACCUCCUGUCACUCAACCUGGCAUUCAACUCCAUCGGUGAUGCAGGUGCUGUACAUAUUGCACAGGGACUCCGGUUUAAUCGUACUUUGCUCUAUCUCUCACUGUGCAACAAUCAUAUUGGAGACUCAGGAGCUGCGGAUCUGGCGACGAUACUUGGUGAGUUUGCACUAACUCAUGAAGAAGUUGUGGAGAGAAGGAAGCUGCUCCUGCAAAGAAAGCAGGCGGAAUCUCUAUUUGCUGAACAACUUGCCUCAGCACUUGACACUUCACUGAGUGUUGGCAAAGGGGAGAACAAAAGCCUAUCCAGAAAAAAAGAAGCUUCCAGAAAAGAUGAGGAACUUACUAACAUCAAAGAAAAGUCUAAAAAGAAAUCCGAUACUAAAGGUAGAAAGUCCGAGCAAAAAGAGGCAGAAUCUCCUGUGGAUGACUCGAGUGUUUCCCUGAAUAAGGAGGAGGAGCUGGUGGAGAGAGUGCCCCCCCUGCUGGAGGAAUCUGUGUAUCGCAGGGACGGACAACUCUUCUUGCCUGGAAACAGCACACUAGAGUCCCUGAACCUGGCAGGGAACAGGAUUACGGAGAAGUCGUUGCCUCUGUUCCUCAAGUCACUGGAGAUGCAGGAGGAGAGAGGAGGCCUGCUGCGUCUCUGUCUACAGAGAAACCUCUUUCCACCGGAGUGUGAGUGUUACAUGGAGAUUAAGAACCAGAUGGAGCUCAGACUCUCUCGCCAAAAACAGACUGAAACAACAGAAGAAGAGGAGACAGUGCUUGAUUAGCAUUUACUUCCACUGACAUUUGGUGUUAUAUAGCAAUGAAAACAUGUGUACUUUUCUUUUAGUAUUUGUUACAAGAGAUACAAAGAAAUUAUAGAAGUCAUGUUGAGUCAUGGGAUAUAAAGGUUGUGUACAAGCUGGAGGAAAGAGAAGAACUUCGAUCUUUUUGAACUCUGAGCCACUUUGCAGCUUUGUGUAAAAAUGCUUUCCCACUACUUUGCUUUGCUCAAAACUUCAAUUUACUUUGAAUAAAAAUAUCCGCUAAAUAAAAGUACUGUCAACAUA